GCCCAUCACUUCGUGAGCUCAACAAAGAAGAUACCCGUUGCUUUUUUUUCGCCCCUCUUUUUUUUUUUGGCGGUGGUCAUGAUGGUGGUCGAGUAGAUUUUGGUGUGCGGGGUCGACAACCUCACUUGGAGCAAAGGAGCUGAUCACAUUGCACGUCUUUACGUGGUCACGUACCCUCGAGGCAUUUGUACGCAGCGCUUACAGCUGCCUCUGAAUAAGGAAACGGCAAAACAUUUAUUCAGUCAUUCGCAGCUGUCACCCGAACUCAAAGGAAGUAAGCGCAAGAUGCCGAACACCCUUCGCGGGAUGCAGCGCACCCUCCAUGCGACUCGGACCGCAUCACAGUUCGGUUCUGCCAGGUUGCUGUCGGACCACGAAGACGACGAUGGCGACGACGACGACGAUGACAGCGACAGCGACGACGGCAACUACGUCACGACAGCAGAGUUCGAGAAGGUGAUGGGUUCGAAGAGAGGCAAGGAGACGGUGCAACUGAUCACCGCGACUGCUGCCAAAAGCGCCGCCAGGGUAGCUACGCGGCAGGCCUUGAAGUCCGUGCAGCAGCAGUUGGCAAUGGUGCCGCAGCAGCAGGCCGCGAAGACGCACAAAAGUGGCAAGGGGUCAGAGCGCGGCCCACGUAUGAGAUGCGCCAUCCUCGCCACUGGCGCAUUCGUGAAGUCGAACAGGUGGACGAAGGACAACGGGGAGCUCGUCCCCUAUACCCCAACCACCACCAACUGCCACGCCAAGAAGGCCGUUUACGAGUUGAUGCGCUAUGUGGGCAGCGUGGCCAUUUGGGACAAAGAUGUCCAAAGUGAGCGAACAUGAUAGUCCUGGGAGCAACAUUUUUUUUCCUUGUGCGUUCAAACAUGUCACGAGCCCGGCAGCCGACGUCAGGUGUACCCGCUCAACUGCAAGUCCCUGCGCGUUCGUAUGUUGACUCGUCUGUAUUUCAUAGAGCCACAAAGUGUUGAGGACGUUGCGCUAGAGUGCCAUCAUUGAUUUGCAACGCGAGGUGAGCACCCGCGGUUGGCGUUUUGUACAAGUCUCCCAAGAAAGUGACCAUAAAACAUAUGUCCGGUCAAUCACCAGCCGUGUGUAGCAUGGUC